AACUUCUAAGACAAGGGGAGGCAUCAGUGAGAUAGCUACAAUGUCAGAACAAACGGCCACUGAGAAUAAGAAAACUCCCGCUGGUUUGAGUGGGCGAAGAGCUGUCCCACCCAAUGUUUCCAAUGCAGAAGAAGAUGAAGUACCUGAAGUAGAGACAAUUGGUGUGAUGCCAAGGGUAUUUAAUAGACAAGAUAUUCUGGAAGUCCAAGCAGUCAAUGUAUUCAGCCGUGAAUAUGAAAUUAAUAAGAAGGAGCAUCACACAGACAAAUAUUACAACUUAAAACUGAUUGUGCGCAGAGGACAGUCUUACCAUGUACAGAUUACAUUCAAUCGUGCAUACAAUCCAGAGAAGGACCAAUUCUGGCUUGAAUAUCUUAUAGGGCGAUACCCACAACAAAACAAAGGCACUUACAUCCGUGUUCCUUUGGUUCAGGAGCUGGAAAGUGGGAAAUGGGGUGCUAAGAUCACCCACAGUGCCAACACUACUGUGGCCUUGAAUAUUAUGCCAGCUGCAGACUGCAUUGUGGGAAAAUUCCGCAUGUAUGUUGCAGUGCUGACUCCAAUGGGCAUUCUCAGAACAAGACGAAACCCAGACACUGAUACUUACAUAUUGUUUAAUCCCUGGUGUAAAGAGGAUGCAGUGUAUAUGGAUGAAGAAAAAGAAAGGGAAGAGUAUCUCCUGAAUGACCUUGGGAUUAUUUUCUAUGGGGACCCUAAAAAUAUAAGAUCGAGGAGCUGGAACUAUGGUCAGUUUGAAGAGGGUAUUUUGGAUGCUUGCCUAUACUUGAUGGACAGAGCUCAACUGGACCUUUCUGGCCGAGGGAAUCCUAUCAAAGUCAGCCGAGUUGGCUCUGCUAUGAUCAAUGCUCAAGAUGAUAAAGGUGUAGUUUAUGGAUCUUGGGACAACAUUUAUGAAUAUGGAGUGCCACCAUCUUCCUGGACAGGAAGUGUAGACAUUCUAUUGGAGUAUUAUAGUACUAAGGAGCCAGUGCGAUAUGGGCAGUGCUGGGUCUUUGCUGGCGUUUUCAACACUUUUUUGAGGACUCUAGGAAUUCCUGGACGAGUCAUCACUAACUAUUCUUCAGCUCAUGAUAAUGAUGCCAACUUACAGAUGGAUGUGUUUGUGGAUGAAUAUGGAAAGGUGGACUCCAAACUCACAAGAGAUUCAAUCUGGAACUAUCAUUGCUGGAAUGAAGCUUGGAUGUCCCGACCUGACCUUCCUGUUGGUUUUGGUGGCUGGCAAGCUGUAGAUAGUACUCCACAAGAAAACAGUGAUGGCAUGUAUCGUUGCGGUCCAGCUUCUGUUCAAGCCAUCAAGCAUGGACAUGUCUAUUUCCAGUUUGAUGCACCUUUUGUUUUUGCAGAGGUGAACAGUGAUGUUAUAUAUUCAAAAGUAAUGAAGAAUGGGUCUAGAGUGAUUCAACAUAUUGACAAAACCCAGAUUGGAACAUUAAUUUUGACUAAAGAAAUGGGUUCAAAUAAAAUGAAGGACAUCACUGAGCAUUACAAAUUUCCAGAAGGCUCAGAAGAAGAAAGACUGGCCCUGGAGACUGCCUUAAUGUAUGGUGUUAAAAAAUCUGUAACCGAGGAUAUCUCAUCCAAUACGGAGGUUGAUAUGGAUGUUGUGAUAGAAGAUUCAGUUCUUGGCAGUGAUUUCAAUGUCAUAAUUACUUUCCAAAACAAAACAUCAAGACGCUACACUGCAACAGCUUAUAUUUCUGGCAAUGUUGUAUUUUAUACUGGAGUCGCAAAGACUGAAUUCAAGAAUGACAACUUUGAUUUGACCCUGGAACCCAUGAAAGGUGAAGUUCUUGUGGUGUCCAUUGAGUCAAGUGAGUACAUGAACGACUUGGUGGAACAAGCUUCCCUGCAUUUUUUCAUCACAGCCCAUGUCAAGGAACUAAAAAAGACCCUGGCCCAGCAGAAGACCGUUUCGCUGGAAAUCCCUCAAUUGCUCCUCAAGGUUCCUGGAGAGAAAGUUGUUGGUAAGAACAUGACAGUAAUAGUGGAGUUCCCCAACCCAUUGAAGCAAAAUCUCACCAAUGUCUGGGUCCGACUUGAUGGCCCUGGUGUGCUAAAACCAGUCUCAAAAUUAUUCAGAGAGAUUCCAAGGAAUUCAACCUUGAUCUGGGAAGAUAAAUAUGUUCCAAAGCAGCAUGGCUUACGAAAGUUGAUUUCAAGCUUGAAUUGUGAUGCCUUACGACAUGUCUACGGCGAGCUGGACAUCAAUAUUCAGAGUGCUGAGUAAAGAUCUUUCUUGGUUUCCUUUUCUGUUCAAUGAUUUCCAGCUUUCAUUACAGGAAAGUAUAAGAAAGAAUUGUACUUUAAAUGCCCUAAUCCAAAAGUUGCCAAACAUACAUUCUGCACAUAUGCUUACUAUUUUUUUUCAGUUUAUUUUCAGAGGUUUUUCCCCCCCCUCAAAAUGAUGAAAGAUCAAGUUCAUAUAAACGUAUACACUCAUAUGCAAAUAUCCACACAUUCAUUUGUAUUCUGCCUUUCCUCAAAGUUAAUUACACGAAGUACAUAAUCCCCACUUUUGUCACAAACAACACUGUAAAAUCUGUUAAACUAAGGGAUUGUGAUUGGACACUAAGCCUUGCGCUCAUGAGAUUUGGAUUGAGAAUAAGAUAGAUGGCCCAGAAGCAAUUUUAAGAAGCAAGUCUCCUACUUCCUGAUACAACACUCUUUAUACCACCACACCAAAUUACACACCAACAUUACAUGUUUACUUACACUGAUUUUCUUUGCCCUUCAACUUCUUUGCUGAGCCUUAGCACUGGUCUGAUUCUUCUUUCAUCCCAAACUAACAUAAGCAUCAUUAAAACAGAAUAACUGAGCACCAAUAAAAACAGAAUUAUUUCAAACAGCAGAAAAUUACUCAAUAUGAAUUAGUUCAAGUGAUAAUGUUCCCAACUAAUAAUAAGAAUGUAUGAUGUUGCCUAUUAAAAUCAGGCCAAUUUUAAAAUAUUUCAGCUUCUGGAGAAUUCUGAAUGUUAGUAUUAAU